AUGCACCGCCCCGGCCAUCAUGAUCAUGGCCAUGGACCUGGGGGCGGUCCAGGCGGACCAGGCGGCGGUCCGGGAGGACCAGGUGGACCAGGUUCCCAUGGACCUCCAGGCGGCGGUCUAGGAGGACCGGGAGGACCAGGCGGGGGUCCAGGAGGACCGGGAGGAGGUUGGGGAGGACCAGGAGGACCGGGAGGCGGUUGGGGAGGUCCAGGAGGCGGUGGUCCAGGAGGACCGGGCGGCGGUUGGGGAGGUCCAGGAGGCGGUGGUCCAGGAGGACCGGGAGGAGGUUGGGGAGGACCAGGAGGCGGUGGUCCAGGAGGACCUGGCGGCGGUGGUCCAGGAGGACCUGGCGGCGGUGGUCCAGGAGGCCUGGGAGGCGGUGGUCCAGGAGGCCCGGGAGGCGGUGGCCCAGGAGGACCAGGCGGCGGCGGUCCAGGGGGACAUGGUCGCUUCUGA